CUCGCGCCGCGGCGGCGCCACGCGCGCGCUCAGGUUCCGGCCGUCGAGCUCGCUGCCGUCGAGCGCCUUCGCCGCGGCCUCGGCGUCCUUCAGGAAGCGGAAGCCGACGCGCGCGCGGCCCGUCGACGUGCCGUCGGGCUUCGUCUGCAGGUCGACGCGGCCGAAGCCGCCGUCGAGCACCGUCUUGACGUGCUCCUUGAGGUCGUAGCGCUUCGUGUCGUAGCUCAGGUUGUGGAGCGUCACGCAGUGGCCGUCCUCGCCGCCCUUGCCCUCGGAAGGGCCCUUGCCGCGGCCGGCGCCGCGGCCGCGGCCCUCGCCGCGGCCCUCGCCCGCGCGCGCGCGUCGCUGCCCUUGCCCUUGCCCUUGCCGCGGCCGCGGCCGCGGCCGCCGCGGCCGCGGCCCUCGCCGGCGCCGCGGCCGCGGCCCUCGGCGGCCGGCGUCGUCGUCUUCGGGGGGGCGGUCUCGGUCUCGGACAUUGUUGGUUUUUUGUGUGCGCGAGCGGGGACCUGCGAGGGCGGGUUCGGUCGCGGUCCUGCGGUUUCGCGCGCGCGCUCAUUGCCGCAGCGUCUCCGUCCUCUCCGCUCGGACCUCGGCAGCGCUCCGGCGGCGUCGCGGCAGCGUCGGAGCCGUUCGGGAGGCCUCAUUUUGCUAGCGAGCGGUGCUAUUUUGUGUGAUGGAUAG